GCUGCUGGAGCAGCAGGAGGCGACGGCAGCCGGGGUAGGACAUGCCCCGUAAGAGGCCGUUCAGCGCUAAACAGAAGAAGAAGCAGCUGCAGGACAAACGGGAGCGAAAGCGGCAAGGUUUUCAAGAUGGCGUGAGAUCGAGCUCGAACAGCCGGAGCGGCAGCCAUGAUAGGCACGAGGACCACACGGACACAUCGGACAGUGAGUCGUUCUCCCUACAGGUCCGCAAGCUCAACCAGCAGCCUCAGGUCCGCAAGCCAGGGGAGCAUGGCUACGAUCCCAACAGGUACCGAUUGCACUUUGAGCGAGAGAGCAGAGAGGAGGUGGAACGGAGAAAGAAGAUCGCACGGGAAAAGAUCUUGGAGCCGGUACCAGAAGUUGAGAUGGAGGUGGAUAUAGAGGAUGUUUACAAGACUGGCUCGGCACUGGAUUUUCCCAAGCGCCCGCUCUGGAAUUAUCAGAUGACCAAGGAGCAGCUGCUGGCCCGAGAAGAUAAGUGUUUCCGUGAAUAUCUGGAGAACAUCUAUAGUACAUUCCAGCCAAGCCAUCUGAGUUACUUUGAGCACAACCUGGAGACAUGGAGGCAGCUGUGGCGUGUUCUGGAGAUGUCAGACAUCGUGUUGCUCAUUACAGACAUCCGGCACCCGGUGAUCAACUUUCCCCCAGCCCUCUACGACUUUGUGACCAAGCAGAUGAAAAACCUUAUCCUGGUACUGAACAAGAUUGACUUGGCACCCCCCAGCCUGGUAGUGGCCUGGAAGUACUACUUCAAGAGCCGGUUCCCAGAAGUUCACGUGGUUUGCUUCACUUCCUACCCACAGCAAGACCAGGAUCCAAGUGCAGUGUUUAAGAAACGGCGGAAGCGUCGGAAGGGAUGGAGCACAGCCAUGGGGCCUGAUCAGCUGCUGAAUGCCUGCGAAAGCAUCACGGCCGGGAGAGUUGACUUGAGCAGCUGGAAGGAGAAGAUCGAGCGGGAUGCAGCCAGCGCUCACCUGCCGCUUGAAGACUCGGAGGAAGAGGAGGAAGAUGAUGACGGGGCCGCUGUACUAGUAGAGCACCAAACGGAUGUGGCUAUGGAGGCUGGGGAGCCCUUCCAGGAGCUCUAUAAGGAUGGAAUUCUGACCGUAGGCUGCGUGGGCUUCCCCAACGUGGGCAAGUCCUCCCUCAUCAACGGGCUGGUGGGCCACAAAGUGGUGAGCGUCUCCCGCACGCCGGGCCACACCAAGUACUUCCAGACUUACUUCCUGACGCCCACAGUCAAGUUGUGCGACUGCCCUGGACUCAUCUUCCCUUCCCUUGUGGAGAGGCAGCAGCAGAUCCUGGCUGGUAUCUACCCUAUUUCCCAGAUCCAGGACCCCUACACUUCUGUGGGGUACCUGGCUGGCCGAAUCCCUGUCCAGGCUUUGCUCAAGCUGCGGCAUCCAGACGUGGAACCUGGCAAGCCUGAACCUCUGUGGUGCGCUUGGGAUGUCUGCGAAGCCUGGGCUGAGAAACGAGGCUACAAGACUGCCAAAGGAGGCCGCAAUGAUGUCUACCGAGCAGCCAACAGCCUCCUACGGCUGGCUGUGGACGGGCGCCUCUGUUUAUGCAUGCGGCCCCCAGGCUACGCUACGCACAAAGCCACCUGGGAACGUCACCCAGAGACCGCUGAGAUCUCUGCUCUGCAAGAGGCUCACCGCCAAGAUGGAAAGCACAGCUCCGGCGAGGAAGAGGAGGAAGACGAAAUCUCCAGCUCAGGAGAAGAGGAGGACGAAGAGAAAGACCGGGACGCUGAUGAAGAAGGAGAGGAGGAGGAGCCCUUCACCGCACCCCGGAGUGGACCUGGCCUGCCCGUUCCCCCCAGAAGGGGAAAGUUUGCUGGCCAGAACUUGUUUGCUUUGCUGGGGGAGGAUGAGUGUUAGCAGCUGCCCCUGCUGGACAGACUGAGAGGGGGAGGCCCUGCCCCAGAGUGCAUUCCCAAGCUCCAGAGCUACUGUGUAUAUCAA